GAGAGAGCGAGAGAGAGAGAGAGAGAGAGCGAGAGAGAGAGAGAGAGCUGAACGCUGAACUUGAGACCGUGUCUCGGUCACGUCUCAAGUGCCUCUCACUUUUCUCAAUUUUACUAUUGAGCCGUUUAUUUUGAUUUACCGCCUUCGGAUUACGCUGAAGAUAAAAAAGUAUCCCGAAUUUCUCUUCGAGUUGCGUGAGAGACUGCGCAAUAGAGGAACGCCUAACUGAAUUCAACAUGUCAAUUUUACCGUUCACUCCGCCGAUCGUGAAGAGGUUGCUGGGCUGGAAGAAGGGAGAGCAGAACGGACAGGAGGAGAAAUGGUGCGAAAAAGCCGUCAAGAGUCUGGUGAAGAAGCUGAAGAAGACGGGACAACUGGACGAGCUCGAGAAAGCCAUCACAACUCAGAAUGUCAACACCAAGUGUAUCACCAUACCACGAUCACUAGAUGGUCGGUUGCAAGUAUCUCACAGAAAAGGACUCCCUCAUGUGAUCUACUGUCGUCUUUGGCGCUGGCCUGACCUGCAGUCUCAUCAUGAGCUCAGAGCCAUUGAACUCUGUGAGUUUGCCUUUCACAUGAAAAAGGACGAGGUCUGCGUCAAUCCCUACCAUUACCAGCGAGUCGAGACACCAGUUCUUCCUCCAGUGCUGGUGCCUCGUCACACUGAAAUCCCCAGUGAGUUUCCUCCUCUGGAUGACUACAGUCACUCCAUCCCAGAAAACACAAUUUUCCCUGCCGGCAUUGAACCCCAGAGCAACUACAUACCAGAGACGCCCCCUCCAGGCUACAUCAGUGAGGAUGGAGAGACCAGUGAUCAUCAGAUGAACCGCAGUAUGGACACAGGCUCUCCAAAUCUGUCACCGAACCCUGUUUCUCCUGCCCACAACAAUUUAGAUCUACAGCCGGUGACAUACUGUGAACCAGCGUUCUGGUGCUCUAUUUCCUACUAUGAGCUGAACCAGAGAGUCGGUGAAACUUUCCAUGCCUCUCAGCCCUCUUUAACAGUAGAUGGCUUCACAGACCCAUCCAACUCUGAGCGCUUCUGCCUGGGCCUGCUGUCCAACGUGAAUCGCAACGCUGCUGUGGAGCUCACACGCAGACACAUUGGCCGGGGUGUGCGUUUGUACUACAUUGGAGGUGAGGUGUUUGCAGAGUGUCUAAGUGACAGUGCCAUUUUUGUUCAGAGUCCCAACUGUAACCAACGUUACGGCUGGCACCCCGCCACUGUUUGCAAGAUCCCACCUGGCUGUAAUCUGAAGAUCUUUAAUAACCAGGAGUUUGCAGCUCUUUUAGCCCAGUCUGUGAAUCAGGGCUUUGAGGCCGUGUACCAGCUCACCCGCAUGUGCACCAUUCGCAUGAGCUUCGUGAAGGGCUGGGGAGCCGAGUACAGGCGGCAGACAGUGACUAGCACCCCCUGCUGGAUAGAACUGCACCUGAACGGUCCUCUUCAGUGGCUGGACAAAGUGCUCACUCAGAUGGGCUCCCCCUCCAUUCGCUGCUCCAGUGUGUCAUAGGAAAAAUGCUCCCUACACAUAUACAUCAUAUACAAACAACAAGAUCUGGAAAAAAUCAAGUUAUUUCAGGAGUGUAAGGCUGAAGACCUUCAUACCCACCAACCAAUUGGGUUCCACAGACUCACACACGUAGCACACGUGUUUGUCUCAUGUUGGAGGAGUGUAUUACAGUAUAUGUAUAUAUAUUUUUUUUUAUGUUGUUGUUAUACCAUUAUUGAUAUAAAAUAUUGCCAUUUAUGUUAUAUGUUGUUAUAUAGCAUGUAUAUGUAAGAUCUCUCCUCUGUCCUGUCUUUUAUGAUGCUGUGUUAGGUACAUGUUUACCAUAACGGGUAUAUGAAAGGCUUGAUUAUUUUUUUUAGACAUGAAAAAAAGUGCUUUUUUGAAAAGUGAAAGUUUUUCAAAUAUCAAUUAAACUGUAUUUUUGUUCUUUUUUGGUUUUGUCAUAAUAAUGAAAACUUGGUCCAUAAUGUUUUGUAGUACAUAUCAAGAGCUCUUAAACUUCCUCCUAAAAUCUGACACUUUUUUUUUUUUAUAGCAACAUUGAAAACCCAAGUUAAUAUUUUUUCAUUUCGAGUCUCCCCACAACAUUGAAUUUCCAUAUCCUGUUUUGCCCUAGGCAGUGAAAUGUUCUUUAUAGAACAAAAAAAUACACGUACAUUAGCAAUUCACCUUUUUAAAAUUCACUACACAGAAUACUAUGUAACAAACUUCAGAUACGCACAUAACAGUUUAUGUAACCCUUGUGAAAGUGUUAUCUAUGCUUCACAAUAUCUCUGUUAUGUUACGUUGAAAUGUUAGGGUCUCAUUGAACAGAUGCUGAGAGCCUGAUACUCUUCCUACAGCAGUUUUCCAGUUGUAGUGUUUUUUUUCCAUCUCUCAUCAAGCUAAGCAUGUAUGUGGACAUUAUUUGAGGAUGUUAUAACUGUGCCAGCAGUCCUCAGUGA